AUGAAUUCAAUUAUUAGCGCUGCUUCGAAAGUCUUAAGGCUCCAAGAUGAUGUGAAAAAAGCUACCACAAUCUUAGAGGAUAUACUCGUAUUACAACCAAUUGAUCAAGAGAUUGAACCAAAUGUAGAAAACUACCUACAACAUGAAUUAACCAAGAUAAUACAGGGUUGUCCAGUACGGGAAAGUACUAGUAAUAAUAGUACAAAAAGCACAGUUGAAGACGAUUUAUGCGAACUCAAUAAUUAUACUUGCCUUUCACUUUCGAAAAGCUUUUAUUUGUGCAGUAAUGGCAGAAAUUUUAACAUAGCGGAACCGACGCGAUGGAUACAGUUAUUGGAGGCAUUAACCGAUUCAGUUAGUUUCGCGGUGGUUGUUCAAAUUAUUCUGACUUUAUCCAACAUUUCCUUGAUUAAUAAACAGACCUUGGGGGAAUUAGGAAAAGUGAGAAUUCUACUUUUCGAAAUACUGUCAAAUAAAAACGACACCUGGAAAUCCAUACUACUACAGAGAAACCUUAUAGAGUGGUAUACUUCAAUGCUUUCUGUAGACUGCUCACCUUUAGAGUUGGAAAACUUAUAUCUUCACAAGAAUUCAAAAUUCUGUAACGAUAUUUUAAAUUCAUUAACGCUACAAGUAUCAGACCCUCGUUCACAAAAUUACUUGCAAUUUGAAAACUCAUAUAAGCUUUUUCAGAUACAAAAGUCAUCGAAAAUUAAUCACUCGUUUCUUUUCUACAUUGAAUUCAAUUCCGUUACAUCAAAUAGGAUAAUGACUAUAGAGCGACAUAUUUAUUUGGAAAUUAAGGAAGGUCAGUUUUGUGUCUCAAAUGACAAUUACAUAAUCGGCUUAUUUGAAAACUUUGAAUUUGAAGUAGGCAACUUGUACUUUAUUGCAGUUAUAAUUGAUCAUAAUAAUCAAAUAACUCUAUAUGUUGACGGCAGUAUGAUCAAUCAGCUCACGUUGUUUGAAAACUCCGUAUGCCAAUUAAACACUUGUGAACUGGGAUCCAUGAUUUGUUCAAUUAAACUCUAUAGAUUUUAUUUAUGGGAUGGAUUACUAACAGAAUUUGCGAUAAAUGUGCUUCAGGCCAUUGGCACAUAUUACCAAUAUACAUUUAGUAAAAAAAAAGAAAGUAUAGAUGUUUUAUCGAAUUGCCAAGACUUUUUGAUCGCUAAGGCUCAUUUAAUGAACAGGCCACCAACAGGGAUAUCUUCCGCAAAAUACAUCAGUGAGAUUGAACUUCUUGAAAUGGAGAACAUCAUUAUUGAUGUUAACCCAAAUGACAUUCUUCAAGAUUUCACGAAAUUGUCUAAUUUCACAAUAAGAUUUGAGGAAAACAUAAACUCAAAAGAUAUCCCAGAAGUGGGCAAAUGCUACCUCUAUCAGAGCUCAAACUUGAUUUCAAAAUUUGUGUCUAUUGAUUCCAUUCGGCUUGCGUUUUUAAACAUGGCAGAAUGCGAUAGUAUGGAUGAUCUUUUUCACCAUGUAUCGCAUUUAAUGAAUCUUUUACGAAAUAUUGAUAUUCUUAGUUGGUUUAAAAAAGAUUUUGGCUUUCCUUUGUUUGCUUAUACAUUAAAACAAAAAAUAACCCAAGAUUUAUCUCAGCCUCUGAGUAUCCAAUUUUUCAAUCUAUUCUUAGAAUUUUGUGGGUGGGAUUUCAACGAUAUUUCUAAAUCCAUAAUUCUGGAUACAGAUGCUUAUGAAAACAUUGUGCUUAAUUUAGAUUUAUGGUAUAUGAACGAGGAUCAAAGUGCUCUCGCGUCAGGCGGAUUGGAAAUUAUUAGAUUUCUUUUCUUUCAGAUUUCAAGCUUGAUGGAAGCUUCUAUUUAUUCCAAGUUUAAUUCCAACAAGUUCAAUGAUAUGAAUAUUUUAGAAAAAUUAUGUUUGAGCUAUCAAGCGGUUAUAAAGAAAGAAAAUCCGAACAGUAAGUUUGGUGAGCUAUCGAAUGAUUUAAUUUCCGUAUUGGUUACUUUAUUGAAAUACAAUACUGAUAAACGACAUCUGCAGUGGUUUUUACAUCUUUCAUAUUACUUUAUUAAAAAAAAAGAUGUACAUUCUACAGAAAUUAUACUGCAAGCGAUAGACCAGCUUUUUUCGUUUUACUUAGAUCAAGGUAACGACGAAAAUGCAAGGGUACUUUCAGAAAUCAUACCACUCAAGCUGAUGCUAAUGAAUAUGGACCAACUAGUGGAAAAUAAUGAAUCAAACCCCAUUACGUGCUUGAAUAUCUUAUUCAAAAUAGUUUUGAUCAAUAAACCGCUCUUUAAACAAUUUUACAAAAAUGAUGGUUUGAAACUCAUAUUGACUAUGCUUUGUAAGGUGGGAAAAAGCUAUCGAGAGGAGAUAAUUUCUUUGCUUCUCAUAUAUUCAAUGGGUAAUUAUACCACAGCUAACGAAAUAUUUUCAGGUACUGAAAACAACAUGAUUAGAGGAGUUCCAAACAAUAAGAUAACUGUAAAGGAAAUCGUUUAUUUGGCUGUCAGCUUCAUAGAGUGGCAUGUUAUUAACUCCAAUUCUAGUGAUUCUUCUUCUCUGUCGGACCUGAACAACCAUAUAUCAAGAUUCAUCGAAGACCUGGAAUCGCUGAGCACUAUUCCAAUUAACGCAUCUGUAUUUGAUCCUAGAAAUAGUUAUGUGAUCGUUUCAUUAUUAGAUCUCUUGAUAGCUUUAAGCGAAUCAGAAGACAUCUCAAAGUUCAAAAGCUCUUCCAAAAUGAUUUCAAGGCUGAUUAAAAGUAACAUAUUGUACGCUCUUACUAAAUACGCCGCUUAUGAUUUCGAGGUCUAUAUGAGCACAUUUUUUUGUCACAUUACAGAAUACAAACUGGUUCAUCCAAAAACUGUAAUAAAUAAUUCCAGUUAUUUACAGGUCUCAUUUAUGAUAACUCUCUUACCCGAAAUACUUAAUGACCUAGUAGGUAGCGAUAAUAAAUUGAACUCAAUGAUGUUGAAAUAUCCAUACAUGAUGUCAAAUCUCCUUUAUCUUCUUCGAAAAUUUCGACCCAAUACAUCACAAAUAGUGAUGCCUAGAGAGUUUUAUUUCUCAAGUUAUGUGUGUCUUUUGCAUUGUGUCAUUCAGAUUGAUAAAUCAUCAUUCUACCAUUUCAAGAACGUUUCUAAGUCGCAACUAUUACAGGACUUCAAACUUUGCAUAUUGAACUUACUAUAUUUCAAUACUACAAAGAAAACAAUUUGGGAGAAACAAGAUUACGAGAUAUUUUCUGAAUCACUGAUGCUGCACCAGGAAAUCUUAUUUGCACAUGGGGCAUGUGAUAAUGAGACUAUCGGGUUAUUGCUGAUGUUUUUGGCCAACAGACUACGCGACUGUGGAUACAACAAAGUAGUCUUCAAUUGUAUAAAAGUGAUCAUCAAAAACAGGGAAAGAAAACUGAAAGAGGUAGCAAAUUUCUUUGACGCAAUAAACAAAAGUGAAGUACUUGACGGUUUAAGUUAUAUCCUGUCAUGCAGUAAUCCUGAAGCAAUGAAUUUCAUCACGGAACAAUGCAGCUUUUUCUUCAACAAUACACAACAGGUACGAUUCAAGAACACUAUCACCAAUAACUUAUUUAAGAGUAAUAACUUUUCAGCAUUAAGCAUUAGACAGGUCAAUAAUCAAGUUUAUGAAUGGAAAAGUGCGAGAUUCGAAUUCAUGACCCAAAACAAUAAAAAAUGCCUUAUUUUAUUUAGAAAAGACAACACAUCCUUAGAUUUUAAAAUCAAAAAGUCUAUAUCAAGAUACAUUUACAACCUCAAAACGGAUAGAGAAGAGAACGCUGUAUUUUAUCGAAAUAAUAUGAAUCUUUUAAUCUUUCAUCUGAAACAUACACUGGAGAUACAGUCAAACCAUAAUUUGUCCUGCAAGUGGUCAUUGGAUUUUGCAGAAGAUUUUGAUGGGAUGAAAAGGAGGCUUUUGCCUGCUUGGGAACCAAAAAAUGAACCACUCCUUAACGAGGAAGAUACUAACCAGGAAACCAUAGCAAGUGGUAAUAGACAAAGGAGAGAAAGUGGAAGCAUUUUAUCCUACGAAUUUAUUGAACAUAUAGAGACUCUUGAGUCGGAGCCGGCUGGCGAUUUGAAUGAAAAUAGAAAAAUUCUUAGACUUUUAAAAGAUAACGAUUCUAUUGCAACUAUUUGGAACUGCAGCUUGAUUAUUGGAUUGGAAAUUAAGGAGGGGAUUUUAAUUCGUGGCAAUAAUUACCUUUACUUUGUAAGUGAUUACUAUUUUAGUUCAGAUGAUAAAAAAAUCCUAAAACUAUCAGAAGUAUCGCAAGAAUUACGGGAUAUGACGGUCAGUUUGAUUAACGGUCCUGACGUUAAAAAGUUAUCGACCUUCCUAAAACAUGAAGUCUUCGUUUGGAAACUUCUCGAUCUCACUUUCGUUACUAAACGGCCCUUCUUACUUCGUGAUGUCGCCAUCGAAUUAUUGUUCAAAGAGAGAGUUAGUGCGUUUUUCAGUUUUUACAACAAAAGGGUCAGGGAUGACGUUUUACGAGUACUGAAUAAGAUUCCUAAGCAUCUUCCAUCAGAUCCAAUUUUUUCAAGUGUUUUACAAGAAAUAAACAACAGAGGAAAUAGUAUAGUGACAAAGAAUGGCAUGGGAAGGGCAAGCAUUGCUUCUAAAUUUACUAGUGUCUUCUCAGCAAACAACAGCUUGAUAGAUGGGUUUGAGCUUAGCAAAAAAUGGGUUAAGGGAGAAAUUUCUAAUUUCUAUUAUCUGUUGAGUAUCAACACCCUAGCGGGAAGGUCAUUUAACGAUUUGACCCAAUAUCCGGUGUUCCCAUGGGUCAUUGCAGAUUACGAAAGUGACGUGCUCGAUUUAAAAAAUCCUAAAACUUACCGAGACCUAUCGAAACCUAUGGGCGCCCAAACUGAGAAAAGAAAACUACAGUUUAUAGAGCGUUAUGAAGCUUUGGCUUCCUUGGAAAAUGCUGGUUCCGCACCAUUUCAUUAUGGCACGCAUUAUUCCUCAGCGAUGAUAGUAUCUUCCUAUCUAAUAAGGCUGAAGCCUUUUGUCGAAUCCUUUUUAUUAUUGCAAGGCGGAAGUUUUGGCCCCGCAGAUCGUUUAUUUAGUUCACUUGAAAGGGCGUGGAGUUCUGCGUCUUCUGAAAAUACAACGGAUGUAAGGGAAUUGACACCUGAAUUCUUUUUUCUACCUGAAUUCUUAACCAAUGUUAACAAUUAUGAUUUUGGUACAGAUCAAAGCGGUAAAAAAGUUGAUGAUGUUGUACUUCCGCCCUGGGCAAAUGGGGAUGCAAAGGUUUUUAUUCAAAAGAAUAGAGAAGCUUUGGAAAGUCCAUAUGUAUCUGCACAUUUGCAUGAAUGGAUUGAUUUGAUAUUUGGUUAUAAACAAAAGGGUGAAAUUGCUGUGGAGUCUGUUAACGUAUUCAACAGAUUGAGUUACCCCGGCGCUGUAAAUCUAGAUAACAUUGGCGAUGAAAAUGAGCGGAGAGCUAUCACAGGUAUCAUCCACAACUUUGGUCAAACGCCUUUACAAAUAUUCCAGGAACCUCAUCCGGAAAAGGCAGCCUGUAAUAUUCGGCAACUAACAACAGAAGUAUGGCGUAAGAUUCCAAUGAAACCAAUAUUCGAAAAGGCAAUCUUUAACUUGAAUGAGAAGAACACGUCCGUUGAUUAUGUUAUCCAUGAUCCUAGUUACUUCGAUUCGCUAUACUGGAGGGGCUUCGCUUUUCCAAACUUGCUUUUCAGAACGGAAGAAACUUUAGUAUCUUUGAGAAUUGUGCAUAAAAGUUGGUUAAAAAUUGGACUAGAUAUUUUUAAAAAGACGCAUAUGACUCAAAUUACAUCGUUUGCAUAUUGGAAAUUGGGCGAAUUCAUAACCGGUGAUAAAAAUGGGCUGAUAAAAGUUUGGAAGUAUCGUAAAGAUAAGCAUUCUGCUUCAGGUAACCUGGAAAACAAGAAAACAAUGUUUGGGCACUUAUGCGAACUAAAGGAAAUGCGCUGUUAUCACGACUACAACACGCUUUUAACCUUAGAUAUCAACGGUUCAGUAUAUGUCUGGGACAUGAUUAAUUUCGAGCUAGUGAGGCAAAUAACAAAUAAUGCGCACAAGGUCGCAAUAUCUCAACACACCGGGAGCAUAAUGGUCUUGACCAAAACCAACGCCAUUUUGAUUUUCAAUUUGAAUGGACAAAAAUAUACAUCAAAGGAAUUCGGGCCAGCUAAAAUUGUAAGUUCAAUUGAAUUUUUUGACUUCACCAAGUUAGAGGCAGAAUACAGAAAACAUAUCUAUUGGAAAGAGAUGGAAAUACUACUGGUGGGGUUUGACGAUGGAACAAUAGAUAUUUACGAACUCUUCUUGACUUCUUAUAAUGAAUGGGCGAUAAAGCUACUGAAGCAGCUCUCUACGGAGAGGGGGAAAGCUAUAACUAGCAUCAAGGCACAGGGGAAAACAUACCUGUCUCAGAAAAGACACAAGGAUUCGACAGAACCUGAUGAAAUAGAGGUGAUUGCGGGGACUCUGGAUGGCAGAUUAGCUAUUUGGUACUAG